CAAGGCUCUCGGCCGAGAUGAAUUUCCCGCCUCCGCUUUCUCCGAAUCAUCCUUGCACAUCAACUGCGUUCCUCGAUCAACAGCACUGCACAAUAUGCGAAAACUUGGUAAGUCUUGCUCUCGCAAAAGGGAAAGAUGUAAAUUGGAACGACAAUAAAUCUCCUACAAAUCCGUAGGACCCGUCAUGGAGAGUCAAUCGCGGCCACAGCCACAGAAUGAACAAUCUGACCUUCAACGGCUUCACGACGAGGAGCCAGAGAGCCCACAACCACAACUGCGCCGACGAAGAAGGCCAGCACUUUCAUGCCGUGAAUGUCGUCGUCGCAAGAUCAAGUGCGACCAAACCACGCCAUGCGCAAACUGUGUUCGUCACAACACCCGAUGUGUCUAUCAGCUCUACAACGAUGACCCCAGGCCAGUCAUCCCUGUCCGGCGCUCGCGCCCGCGGACACCAGAAUCGACAGCGAGCUAUACUCCGGCAACUACCAGUCGCACAGUACCAUCCUCAUCGCUGGACGACAUAAGCCAAGUUCGAAUUCAACAGCAGAAGCCGGUAAACUCAUUCGGGCCGAAUGGAUCAUAUGUACGACAAAUUCUUGGUCAUCGUCCAUCCGACCAUGUUACAAUGUCGCAAGCAGGGACAGUACCAGCCGAUCCUGAAGCUCCCGCGCAGGCCCCGAGCCCUUCCAGCCCUAAUCACAUUCCGGACAUCCAGAAUCUGCUGCAAAGGAUCCAAAGACUCGAGAAAUCCGCAAAGCGCCCUGUUGGCGAAGCUGAGACAGGCCACUCAGAGGCAGGCCGACGGACACCAAAGCGUCAAUGUGCAGGCAAUGGCGAUCCAUCCGAGUCUCUGGACUGGCGAACCGUGAUGAACAAACCAAGAGACAUGGGCAGGGGUGACUGGAAGGACAUAGCGCAGGAGUUCACUCCCGUCAUCGCCUGCUGGGGCGAGCUCAUGGGCAAGCCUUAUGGCGACAGCGGCCCCUAUCAAGAACCAGAAACAGCAGCCCUCAUUGCCGAGGCGGGAGAAUACCUCGGGAAAUGCAAGAAUACAGCCAAAGCCAUCAAACUUAUCCGACCUACACGUGGCCUUUCAACGUCUGCAGACUUUCGAGCCCCUCCGCCGCGCGAGCUGUCCGACGACCUAGCCAAGCUAUACUUCCAAUGCUUCGAGUCCACACACCGCAUUCUCCAUGCUCCCAGUUUCUGGACGGGCUAUCAGAGAUUCUGGGACUCUCCGGACUCUGUCACGACUGAUCUGCGCCUGACAGUUCUGCUAGUGAUAGGCAUAGGCUCAAGUCUAUACGACCAUGGAAGUCCUGAAGCAGCACUUCUCAAUGCCGAACUGGUACAUCACUGGAUCUACGCCGCCGAGACAUGGCUUGCGGGACCCCUGGAGAAGGACCGCGUGGACCUGACCGGUCUACAAGUUUAUUGUCUGACAAUAUUAGCUCGGCAGAUCUUCUCGAUUGGCGGAGACACAGUCUGGAUGUCGAUGGGAUCUCUAAUCCACCGAGCAAUGCAGAUAGGGCUACACCGCGACCCGAAGAAACUACCGGGCCGCCCUGUAUCUGUUCUCCAAGCCGAACUCCGGCGACGACUGUGGGCGACCAUCCUCGAACUUAUUGUCCAGUCGUCCCUGGACGCAAGAAUGCCACCGAGAAUAUCGUGUGAUGAAUUCGACGCCGAACAGCCCAGCAACAUCAACGACGACGAGAUCGACGAAUCGACCACGAUCACAACACUCCAACCUCACCCAGAAGACCAGUUUACUUCCACAUCCAUCCAACUCGCACUUCUUCGCUCUCUCCCGGUCCGCCUGCGCAUUUUGAAGUUACUGAAUGGGAUCGGCCACGAUGAAGAACCAUCCGAAUCAUCACAAUCACAAUCCUUUUACAAUCUCGUCCUGUCUCUGACUGCCGAACUCACAGAAUCCUUGAGCGCCAACACUACUCUAAUGCGAAGCAACUCUCAGAACCCUACUCCAAUUCCGUUCCACCGAAACCUCCUUGACUACCUCGUUCGCAGAUUUAUCAUCCCACUCCACUACUCAUUCAGCAACCAGGCCCGCAUCAACCCAAUGUACUACUACUCACUCAAACUCAGCCUCGACGCCGCCUUGGCAAUCAUGUCGCCUGAAGAGCCGGAUCCGGGGUUCAGAAGACUCAUGACCUCCGCCGGCGGAUUGUUCCGCGAAGGUCUGCGCGUGGCCAUGAUGGGCCCGUGUUUAGAGUUGCUCGUCCACGUCCAGGCCCAAGCUUCGGAUGGCACUCUCCACCUCACCACGCAGUAUCGCGACCUCUUGAAGCAGGCUGUUCGAGACAUGAUUUUUCUCGCGGAACAGCGUAUUCGACAUGGUGAAACGAAUGUCAAAAGUCACAUGUUUUUGAGUAUGGUGUUGGCUCAGGUCACGGCCAUUGAGGACGAGGUGCCUGUUGAGUUGCAGUUGGCCAAAGGUGCUAGGGAUAGUUUGAAGUAUUGUCAUGGGAUCCUGAGGUUGAGGGCGGAGAAAAUGUCGUUGGCGCCUACGCCUACUGGCACAACAAUGUCUGAUGCUACUACCGCCGCUGGCUUUGCAGGUGGUUCUGGUGUGGACAUGAGUGAUGGAUAUGGCUAUGGCUAUGGUCUGGACUUUGAUUGGGAGUCGUUCUUGCCUGAUCAGCCUUUUGCUACCUAGUGGUAUGGCUGGACUGUAAACCCGCUUUGAUCACAACGGUUGAGUUGUCGACCGGGCCCCUUGUAAGUAUACUUUAUCAUUAAUUAACAAUUCUGUACAAUCUCGACACCUUAGUACUUUUUCAGGAGAUUGAUUCAACACCUUAGUACUUUUUCAGGGGGAUUGAUUCUUUGGUGGAAUGAAUGAGAUGCGAUCUAUUCUUCAGGGGUUGAUACUUUUGGUGAGAAUUGAGAGGAGAGUUCCCAAGCCAUAAUGCUACCAUCUUCGACCACCAACCCUAAGCCUCACAAAACCCAACGCCGCCUCCCCCACCAACAAUACCGUACAAACCAUCAUUUUCCCGGUUCCCUACAAGUACAGGUAGAAAUGUAAUGUCGGUCCGCACUUAAGCACUCUUCUUCUUCUUCCCCUUUGGCAUUCUCACGACCCAAUACAAGGCCACCGCGACCGCAAUAUUGAACACAACAUAGACCCACAGCAGCCCAAAAUUGCGCCAUCGGUCAACAUACUCUGAGCCCACGGUAUGAAGAUAGACAUUCGUGUCCUUCAUCCUGCAAUAGCGACAAUUGUGCAUCUCAGCCGGGUCCAACAAAUACCCACCCGCCGUCUCGAUAUAGUCAGCCAUGUACUCUCCACACGUCUUCCCGGCCGGCGGAUGGAACAAGGUAAACUCGUUAUCCGCACAAGUGACCUGGACAUUGGCGAGCCCCGUAGACAAGACAGCGGAAAUAAAGUAACUCAGCGGAGAGGCCCGAUACAUAAAGAUCCAGAAUCCAGGCAUCUGAUCCGGCAGGGCCAACACACCACAGAAGAAGAAAGACAGGAAAAACAGCAUGGUGGCCGUAUUUGCUCCCGUGUCAGCGGACCCCGCGGACGAAAUGCAAAGAUGUGCAAACGUCGAUACCCAGAGCAAGAAAACCCAGAACAGCAACCACAUCAGCGAUGCGCGCUCGGUGGCCUGGUGCGCCUGUUCGGCAUUCGAGUAAAAGCCCACGGGGAAGUAAAAUGUCACGUACAUCAGCACAGACGAGACGGUGUACCAGGGCAACUCGGCGACGAUUUGGGCGAGCAUGAAUACGGCCCAGCUGUAUGUCUUUGCGGGUCGUUCGCGCACUUCGUAGAGAGAGCGUUGGGUCAUGAAGUGUGGGACUUGUUGGUUGAUCAGUUGGGUGACAAUGCUGGUGAGUUCGAAGAUGGCGAACAUUUGGUUCUGGAGGCCUUGGAUGCUGAGUGGUGAGUGGAGAAAUACAAGGCCGAUGAAUAGACUGGAUGCCGUGCAUAGGAUCAAUUUGGAGUAGAUGUAUGAUGGGGUUCGCCAUGUUUGUUGCAAUACGCGCUGCGUUACGACUAGGAACUGGUGCCAUAAUGGGGUCGCGAAUUCUCGGUACAAGGCUCGCUCGUGUUUGUCGCUGUGCGAAUGGGGAUGUGGCUGGUCACUGUUGUUUUUGCCUUGGGAUCGGAGACGUGCCAGUUCGCUUUGCACGGCUUGGUACUCUGGGCUUGAGAGCCAUACUUGGUGCCAGUCGAUGUCGGAGUGGCUGCCUGGUUCGGCGCCGAUGGCUUCGAGCAUCCAUUCGGCUGGAUUGGCGCCGGGGGCACAUUGUUUGGCUCCGUUGUGCUCGAAAUAGUUGAUCAUGGUGGUAGAGUUGUCACCCACGUCGCCUGUAUGGACAGGAAAGGAAUUCCAUGAGUUAGCUAAAGGACAUACAAGUGGAUCAGGUGAAGAUGAGACCUGCGUGGUUUUCGUGGCAAGGACAGAUCAAAAUGCAAUGUGACUUACCG